AUGAGUGUCAUCGGCAAAAUCCAAGGGGCUCUAACCAGCCUAUCAAAUGAAAAUGUGCUUGCAUUAGCGAACCUGAAUUUCGACUUCUCGCUAUUUAAAAUGGAACCGCCGCCCGAGUUCACGGGGCUCGGGAACGCAUUAUCCGCCCGUCGCAAGGAGGACGCAGAAGAUGGCUUAUAUCAUCGGAUUGCGCGGCGACUAGGUGCGCUUUUCGAGGACGUCAUUCCGUCGACCCCCGAAUUAAUCCGUGCUUAUGGCAAACGAGUGUCCGAGGUUUCAGAGGCCCCCGGGAUCAAUCCCAAGGGGUCAAAGGAUGAUGGUUUAUUUGAGAACAUGGUCGGUGCUGACGGCACAUCAAUAUGGGCGGCUGCGACAUCUGGCUCCGGUGCCAUCCCCAUGCAUUUGCUGGCCUGCAUGCUUGCUCGCAUGUGGAAGUCGGACGAGGCCACUUCAAUCUGGGUUGAGAUUGUCGAAAAGCGUAAACAGAUCAUCAAGGAAGGGUGCGAUUCAGUGGAGCCCCGGCACUGGGCUUCUCUGCUGGCAUCGCAGCAAGAAAUCACACGAAAGGACCUGGCGCACUGGGACGCCAGUGCCCGAGCUUGGCUGAAUCGAGCAGACGAAGCACGAGCUUAUCAGCAGACUCAACUGAUGCUCGUUGUCAAGAACCUGGACAUCGACGUUAGUAGUGUGAGGGGUACAUAUGAGAACGUGAUGGAUGCGUGGACCCUGGCAUUGACAACAGUCAACAGCUUAAUCAAGGGGAUGCCCCAGAGGGGCCACGAUGGAGCUGUACUCCUGGGCCUCGCAUCCUGGCAUCUUUAUCCUGCUCUGAAUGUCCUCAGCCUCGGUCGUGACUUGAUCGAUCUUAAAGAUAAUCUUAUGCCCGACGCGGGCAUUUUAACCCUUGGUCUCAACGCUGCCAACCCUGGCCCUGGGGAGGGUGUUCGCUGGUCACUCCCCUUAGCACAUCUUCGCUUCUAUGGCGAGCCGGUCGAGCUAACAGCCACUAUCAGUAGAAGCGCGGAGAGGUUGCACAUGUCUGAUCUUCUUCAGGUCGUUCUUGGCUGUGCUUUGGCCGGCUGGGGUUACUCCACUCCACGAAGAGCCAAUCCAAUUAUACAGAUCCUGGCCGAGAUGUGGACCUUCCUCGUCCGAGGGAAAGCCCUGAUCUUGAAGGACAUGAAUUCAUGUUUCGAGAGGAUAGCCCAUUUGCAGGAUGAAGAGAGACUGGAAACGGAUAAGGAAGUCAUCGAUGCCCAAGAGAGGGCGAAACAAGAUACAAAACGAAGAAUGAAAGUUCUCGACAGCGACGAAUUAGACAGGCGUGAACCACUGUCGGAGCCUAUCUACACCGAAAGACGUAAAAUGCUAAAGGAGGAGAUCAACGGCCUAGAAGAACAAAUCGACCACGAUCGCGCAGCUCUAUUGCGCUUGGAAGAAAUUCUAGAUGAGUACAACCCGACUUGGCCGAUACUUCUGGCGCGAACUGCCUAUGAAUUCACUUGCGCGGAAGGUGUUAAAAGAGAUCAGUAUGAGAUGCUUCAAGCACUGGGAACCAGGCAAUCUGGAUUUCUUGGGCCGCCCUCACAGGAAGCGCGGCCUGUAUUCGGCCUCACGGAUGAGAGGGUCAUUUCUCUGAUAUCCAACAAUCUGGAGGAGCAGAUUGAGCUUUUCCGGGACCUGAGCAAGCUCCUUGCGAUCCCCAAUCAACUCAUAAUCAAGUUCGCCCUCGCAGACGAGUUUCCAGGUUAUCUCAGGACUCAUUCCAGUACUUGUGCGUUGGCCACUGCUACUGUCUCAAACAAACGAGACUACAAUGGAAACAUCCUAGGCGUGCCGUGUAGAUGGAUUGCUCUUGAGAAGGACAUUGACACUGCAAGCCGGCAGGGGCUAGAAGAGGCAUGGAUUAGCUGGCGAACUCAACUGGAAGUCCGAGAUGUUUUUGACCCAAUCAGCCAGAGAAUUUCGACCUCCCGUACCGAGUACGGCUCUGGGUUUACUUGGCUUAAAGCGCAACCAGAUUUGGCGCAAGAAUCUCCCUGGAUGUCCGAGUCCGAUACUCUGUCUGACGAUGCGGGGACAUUAUUUCAUCCUCUCUGCGGGGACCCCGAAUACGCUGCGCUAUAUUUUGCAGGAGAGUAUCCCAGGGCCCCUGGGAAGGACAUCGAGGCCGCGCGAGCAAUGAGUCUAUCCCUUGCUUUCAAGACCGACAGAGUAAGCAUCGUACGACUCCUGGCCCUUUUGAAUCAGGUUAGCCUGCCAUAUGAUCAUCCACACAGCCAGGCUAUCAGGGGCGUUUGCGCUGCUGCCAAGAUAUAUCAAAAUAUACCAUCUGCGAAGCUGUCCCUCCGGUCUUUAUCACUGCCUCUCCAUGAAGCAGCCUGGAUCCCACGUCCUGAGCCUCAGGAUACCUCUCAACAAUCUCCACGUUAUUAUCAACCCUAUCAUGAUGGUGGAGUGAAUUGGGACAACGAGGAUUUUGACCUCCAGUAUCCCGAUCCAUACAGCCUGCCGCUUUUUGACACAGCAGAUCCUCACAGCGAAGGACUUAUUCUGAGUAAUCUACGUCUUCUGGAUUUCUCCAGAGGACGAUUGAAGCAGAGACUAACACUUCCAAAAGAGGGCGAAGAGUUUUGGACGCAGUGGAAGGCGCCGGAGUUAGAUCGUUCGCACGCUUUCGCAUGCAUAGUAUACUUCGAAUCGGGGUCGCACAACCAUGAUCCUGCAGGCUACAAAAGUGUGAUGGCGGUUUCUUGUGGCGAUUCAAUAUAUGCCGCUGCGUCACUUUUCUCCGAUCCGUACACCGUGUCUAAGAACUUCCUAAUCAAGAGACUCAUCGGAAAUAUCGGGCAUCCAGGAAUUGUCUUGCUCGUUCCCCCAGCUUGUCCGAUGGUCCGUCCGUCCAACAUAUGCGAUCCCUUCUCGGUCAGACAUGCCGCAUUUGACGGUCGCCUGAUGGACAAAUUCCCGAAGACUCAACUAGAGCUAUCUUUUACCGGGUACUCCGAGUCCAUUCGCAGCGAGGACCGCGGGGCUUGUGACACCACCGUCUAUGUUCUGGAGGCGCAAGUCCGAGUGUACGACGGCGGGAGCUGGGUAGGCGACCUAGAUGUCCUCGCAGCCCUGGACAGUCCUAUCUUGAAGCGACCCUUCUGCCACUGCAAGCAGAAUCCAUCGCCUAGACCCGCUGAUCCCCAUAAUCCCGUCGUGCCACUCUCCGAUGACGGGGAUGCGCCAACGUGGAGCGAGGAUUCCACGGUCGAGCUUGCGAGUAUCGAUCGGUGGGAAGAGCUGCUUCAACCUCCACCGACGCGCGUGGGCAUCAUUAGAGCACACGGGAACUGGUUGGCGAGGCUGGCGGCAGCGUCGUUGAGCGUGCAAAAAGGGUAUCCCACGAUGGUUCUGCCUCGAAAGAUCUGCUGGACCUGUAUGGGCAAUGCAUCCUCAUCUGAACAGAGUUUUCUUAUUGGUUAG